AGACGAACAUGACGCUUCAACUGCUUGUCAUCGUCUUUAUCUUUAUUAAUGUCUUAACUGAAAGUAACACUUAUAAGCACUUGGGCUGUUGGACAGAAGAUUUAACCUCUCCGGAUUUGUCUGGAAAAACUUCUUCAUUUACCAAAUUGUCAGAAUGUUUAAGUUGGUGCUUCGGUGAAUCUUUCUCUUAUGGCGCCAUGUAUAAUGGCGAAAAGUGCCUUUGCGGAUAUACAUAUGGUAAAUUUGGUACUAGUUCAUCCUGCACGGAGAGCAGCUCAUGCGGCGGAAAGUGCGGAGGUGCGAGCUCAAGCGAUGUUUAUUACUCCCUUCCGGAAGUUACCAGUAGACCCUUCAGAUUUGUUCUGAAUAAAGUUAAUUUUGCUGAUGCUCGAAAGUAUUGUAUUAGAAACCAUCGAGGAGAUUUAUCUUCGGCGUCAACAGAGAGUCGAUGGAGUUCGUUAAAGGCUAUUGUAGAUAGUGUUAAGUCAUCUGGUAAGACAAGUGGUAAAUUAUGGGUUGGGGUUUGGAAGCCGUUAUCAACUUUUCAAUGGGUGGACGCGUAUAAAACAGCUACUGUUGACUCUAAAAAAUGGGCAAACUCUCAACCUUUGGCAAUUAAUAAAUGUGCUAUCAUUAGAAUAGCUGAUUAUCUUCUUGAAUCCGUUUCCUGUACAGACGGAACAAUAGACGGUUUUAUUUGUGAAGAGACGCCUUCGACUGCCACCACUAAGAAUCCUGCCUCGACAACAUCUGAAAAUUCACAAUCGAAAGAUUCAACAUGGUUUACGACAAGGAACGUCACUUUUUUCAUAGUUAUGCCACUUUUUGGAUUGUGUUACGGAGGAUCUUGUUGCGUUUAUGGUAUACAUAGAAUUUGCAGAGCGCUAAAACGAAAACAAAAAGAUAAAAGCAAAGAACUUUUAUCAAAUGAACAGUCUUUAUCAAACGACUCUGUUGUAAGAUUUAGCGCUUUUAAUCGCGAUAGACGUCCACCUUCCGGUGGAUCCGGAGAUAACAGGCAAGAUUUAAACGAGUUAAAGCCAAUUGAGAUUAUAUAUAAUCCCCCCAAUCGGCCUUCAUCUCAAGCCAAGAGUUCGUCUAUUCAAGUAACAGCUUUAAUGGAAAUUCCUCCAAAGAAUCUCACUAAGGUAGAUAACAAUAAUGAUGAUUUAGAUAUCGAUCAGAAGCCUCAAGAAUUGGACAAAAGCGAACUAAGUAACGAAGAAGGGGAAAUGGAAAGGAAACAGCCAGAAGGUAAACAAGAUAGUCCGCAAUUUGAAAAAUCAAUUUCAAGAAACUCUGUACUUGUUGAGCCAUUGAGCGACAAAAAUCAGACAAAGAAUGAGAAGGACGACGAAGAGGCACCAGCUGAAGAAGAAAAGAAAGACGAUGUCAAGAGAUCAGCCCUGUUACGGCGAGCCUUACGAGAUGCCAGAAAACGGAGGAGAGAUGGAGCUACUUCCUCUAUGGAUUCGAGGAGAAUAGACACGCCGCAAGCUCGGCCUAAAACAACUAUGGGUAGACGACGUUCUCCCUUACCACCCCUUUGUAAUAAUAAAACAGCGCCUGCCGACGACGGUGACGACGAAGACGAUUUCGUGAAUAAACGCCCACCACCUCGUACAUUCCUAGCCACCGCCAAAAGUGGUUUUAGAACUCCAGUAGAUCCCCGGCUAGUGCAAAAUCAGAGCAGACAAGAAAUAGACGACGUAGAGGAUACUGGAGAGGCGCAAAUUUUAUACGUUGAACCUAGGGAAGAUCCUCCGAAUAGAAUCUCAAUAGAUGACAUACUAAAGUCGAAGAAUGCGAAGAAUAAUAAUAAUAAAAAGAAACGCAUACUGGCAGCUUGA